GGAAUAGGAAAACUAACUGUAAUAAUAAUCCCCUCUCCCUUCGUCCCUAUUCUGUCUGUGCUUCCUUCUUCUUCCUUUCUCCCCCUCUUUCUCGGGCUCUCUCUCUGUAAAUCUUUCUUUCCUUCUUGUUUUCGCUGGGCUGUUCUUUCUUUCUUCUCCUGCUGUCGCCAUGGAAGAAGAAAUCAAGCAACAGCCAUCAAAGCUGUUUGUCGGAGGAGUGAAUAGGACAACCACAGGGCAAGAAUUAGAGAAGCACUUUCAAAAGUACGGCCAAGUAAAAGACGCUUUUAUCGUCUACUGCAAGCAAACUUCACGAAGCCGUGGGUUUGGUUUCGUGGAGUUUGAAGACGCAUCUGCAGCUGAUCUUGCUCUUAAUGAAGAUCACAUCAUUCUUGGCCAAAAGGUGGAUGUUUGCAGACCUAAACCGAAGAAAACGGAUAAUAAUGAGACUGCUGCUUGUAACGAGGGGGAGAGCCAUAGAAGAAGCAAAAGGGUAUUUGUUGGAGGCUUGCCAUCGACAAUUACCCCAGAAGAGUUUAGGAGUUCCUUUCAGAGCUUCGGAGAGGUGAGUAGUGCGACUAUAGUGUGCGACAAACACAGCGGCAAGCCAAGAGGGUUUGGGUUCAUCACUUUUGAAUCAGAAGAUUCAGCGGACAGAGCUUUGAAGAACAGAUUCUACCAGUUGAAUGGGUCGCAAGUGGAGGUGAAAAGGGCAAAUUCUAAGAACAACGCUUUUAAUAAUUUCGCCAGAAGAAACCAUGAAUACUCUGUCCCUGCUGCCCUGAACCAUUCUUCUUAUGUUAAUGGUUAUUACCACUACUGGUAUAACCUACUUCAUCAGCAUACUUCAGGGCUCCCUUAUUACUGGGUCCCGCCACCAGGAAUGAUGGGGAACUACUACUACGGCUACCAGUCUUGUUAUCCAAUGGCUGCUGCAAACUGUGCAAGUCUUUCAGGUGGAUGGUCCUAUGGUUCGGCUGAUGCUAUGCUACAUAGCUAUGGUGAGACAGACAUUGUGGGACGUCGUCAAGAGGAAGAUGAGACAAAUAUUGCAGAUGGGAAUGGUGCAGAGGAUCAUGCUUGGGAAGUCUUGAGAAACUUGGACGAAGUUAAUGGUCUUUCAGUGGAUCAACAGGGAGCAUAUGGCGAGAUCAGAAUCGCAGGAAGUAAAAUUCCUGAUAACGAAGAAACCGGUACUGAGCAUCAUGUUGAACAAGUUUGGAGUAACUCGGAUAGAAUCAAUAGCGAAUUAUCGGAGAUCAAGUUUGGUAACAUGGAACACCUAGAAGCAGCAGUAGGUGGCAAGAUUGAUGAGGCAGAAUCUGGGAUUGGAGACCUUGGUGAAGUAGAUAGGGGAAAUGCAGAAGUAGUUUCAAGGAUGGUCACCUAUUCCAUCGAGAAUGGCAAGAUUGAUGGUUGGAGCAUGGAAAGGAAGCCCGCAAUGAUGGUGGCGGCAGCCUGCAUCCACACUUGAAAAGCAGGGAGCUUGGUAGCGUUCUCUUUUGGUAGGAGCUUGAUGUAGUGGCCUAGUGGGUUUGUUUUCGGGUGAUUUGCGCAUUUUUGUUUGGAUAUGAAUGGGUUUGAUCUACGAGGGGAUGAGCUCAAGAAUUGCCGUUUUGUGUGGAUGGAUGGAUUGGGAUCUUAAUUUGUUCGAUCUUUUUUUAUAUGUAGAACAAAUCUGUAACUUCAAUUAACUUGCAAUGGUGUCGCUGUUUAAUGAGGAAAACAGGGGUCUAGUCUAUCCAUCUAAAUAUAUGUUUCCUCCCACCUGCAUAAAACCCUAGUCAUUUCGUGUGCCACCUCCGUUCCUCUUCUACCCCAGAAUUGCCACUUCACGUUUGCCAUCUCCUUGCUUGACUCUCGAAUUACAUUGAUAACAAUGCACAAUUCUGUUUCUAGCACCUCUUUGUUGUUGAGUUUCCAUAUUAAUGUCUGGCAAUCCGACUCCGGAAGCAUCAACAUCGAAACAUACAUUCUUGCGAGCCUAAGGCCUAGAGUGUUGCCUGAGCUUUUGUGAACUCUGGAGGUGAACUCUGGUGUCCAAUUGACCCUUUCCUUCUCACCAUAGCCAAAACGAAUCAACCAUCCUCAUCUUGAAUCACCACAACCAGACCCGUUCCUCCCUCCCUCACUUUCGAAGGAUCAACAUUAAUUUUAAAAGAUCCUCAUUUUAAAAGAUCCUCUUUCUGGAGUCUGGACUCUCCCACCUAUAUCAAAGCGAUUCGUGUCCGCCUAUGAAUCCGACGAUUGAUUGCUCCAAUAUUCAUUAAGGUAAAGUUGUGAUCUUUCAAUCACUUCCCCUUCUUCUAAUUUCGUGUUGUUUAAUUGAUGGUUGUUGUGUUCUUUCCAAAUAUACGAUAGUGCCAUAACAAUCGAACAUAUAGCUUCAUCUGCAACUUUCUCGAGCAUUCGCAUAGUCAUUCUUUGCUUGAUGUUGCUUGGUUGAUAAAGGGAUCUGAGCUAUUCUGAUUCUUUCAACUGGGUGGAAAUUUAACUGCAAAAUGUUGCUUUUCCAUAUUGAAUAAUCAAUGAGUUCUAAUACCUUUCCAUGUCAUCCCAAGCAUGAGGUUGGGGUUUGACCUUGAAAUUUGGAUUGUUAGGAACUCAUCUAUCUCACCACAACCUUACAUUCUCCCUCAUUCCCACUCCACCUGAUUCCAUUCUUUCAUUUGUGGUUCAACCACCAUGAGGCUUCGCCAAAUGUAAUUGGGAUUGCUCAUAAUCUCUGUCUUAUUACAUCAGUUGUUUGCACAUUAUCUAGCGAUCGGAUUGUGGUUAAAACUGAGAAAAAUAAACCAGCAAGCAAGUAAACUUUGGUGAUUUCAAUUGAGAAAGAAUCACUGGAAUAUUGCUCCAAUAUUCAUUAAGGUAAAGUUGUGAUCUUUCUAUCACUUCCCCUUCUUCUAAUUUUGUGUUGUUUAAUUGAUGGUUGCUGUGUUCUUUCCAAAUAUACGAUAGUGCCAUAACAAUCGAACAUAUAGCUUCAUCUGCAACUUUCUCGAGCAUUCGCAUAGUCAUUCUUUGCUUGAUGUUGCUUGGUUGAUAAAGGGAUCUGAGCUAUUCUGAUUCUAUCAACUGGGUGGAAAUUUAACUACAAAAUGUUGCUUUUCCAUAUUGAAUAAUCAAUGAGUUCUAAU